AUGGCCACCGACUACAGCAAGAAGACCAACGCCGAGUUGGUCGAGAUUCUGAAGACUCGUUCUCUCCCGCACACUGGAAAGAAGGCCGAAAUGGUCUCGCGCCUUCAGGAAGAUGAUGAGACUAAGCCAUCCGACGCUCCUGCCGCAGCUCCUGCCGCAGCCAAGACUGACGCCGCCGAGGACGUCAUUGACUGGGACGACGAACCCGCAGAGACAAUCAUCGAGCCAUCCACAGAAGCUGGCGCAGCUGCGAUCGCAGCUGGUGGCCAGGGCGCAGUUUCCAACCCCGUCGCUGUCCCCAACCAGCAGCUCGACGAGAACCCCGCCACCACCGAGGACUUGAAGGUCGAGGCGACCGGCGCUGUCGCCGAACCCACCACUCAGCCCGAAGCUGCGACUGAACAGAAGCCCGCCGUUGACUACACACGAGGACUGCCCCAGACCGAUCUGGAGGCAGAGCUGGCGAAGCGCAAGGCUCGCGCGCAGAAGUUCGGUAUUGUUGAGGACGACGACACAGCAUUGAAGGAGGCUACGAAGCAACUGGAGCGCGCUAAGCGAUUCGGUACCGGUGCCGAAGCUGAGACUACCCCCGCUGCGGGUGUCAGUCGUCUUGAUCAGGCACUUCCUGAUGAGCGCUCCCGCAAGAGACGUAACGAGGGCCGCAAUGAUAACCGCAACGACCAGAGUGGUCGCGGAGGCAAGAGACGUGAUACUGGAGCUGGACGCAACCGCAACCGCCAACGUGGCGAUGGAAAUCGCAACCGCGACCGUGGCGAUGGGAACAAGACCAAUGCUGGCGUUAAGAAGCCUAAUGCCGGUGGGAACACUGCCCAGAAAUCUUGGAGUGAGAAGGAUAAUGCGGCCAUGGAGGCUCGCAAGAAGCGGUUUGCAGCCGCCGCUUGA